GGAACAAUACUUUACGCUAUUGGGUCAACUUUUUAUAAUCUUACCAAUACAAGAACAAGCACUAAAAGUUCAUAAAGCACUUCAUUCUUUACUAAUGAAACAGAGAUUAAAAAAUGCUGCUACAAUAAAGCUCGAGCUUUGUUAUAGAGCUGUAGAAAGAUCAAAAUUGCCAAUCAUUGUAACUGAGUUAUUACAAUCUUCCUCACCAGAUACUUAUCCAAAAUUUUUGGAAUUAGUCUUUUUACUUUCAUCUAUAUCAUGCACAUGCUCUCACAAGAUGCUCGAAGCUGGUGUGUUAAAAACCAUACUUGCUAGAAUGGAUCUUCCUUACGCGACUCAGUUACAUUGUACAAGGCCACCAGAUUCGCUAUUAAUAGGAAAUGAAUAUUCUGAAGAAACAACUGAUUUAAUAAUGAAUACUUUAUGGGGUCUGAUGAAGUCUGUUAUUUCACUUAACGAAGUACCGAUUAAUUUGAAGAAUAUUUUAACAUCUGCACAUUGUGGUUUAUGGGGUUUGUGUUAUUCAUUUGAAAGGCAAGUAUGCUACAGUCAAUGCAGGAAAAGCAGAAUACGAAUUAGGAAUGAAAUUGCAGUGAUUAUUCUUGUAAUUUUAAUCACUUUUCCUUCAUGGAACAUUGUUAGUAGCGGUAUUGCAGAUGAUGUUAUCAAAUUUUUUAAUGGAGUUGAGGCUGGAUCUGUAAGAGUAUUCUCCCAAAAUGUAAAAUUUGGCAGAUCAAAUGAAGAUUUAUUCUUCCAGAAAGUUUUAUUACUGAUCAUAACACAUUUAGCAGAAAUUGAUGCUUGUAUCUUUUUAAUGGAAGAUAGAAAAUUAAUGAGAACCGUGCUUCAUCUUGUCAAUCCAAAUGUUGAAGAAUGUAAAAUCACGUGGAAUCCAUCUCAAUUUUGGGACCUAUGGACAUAUGCUAUAAAUGCUUUGUCUGUGUUAGUUCCAAAAAUGCCAAGAGAAUUUAUAAAGCAUCAUGGCACUGCCAGUUGGAAUACAAACGAAAUCAAUAAUUUUAAUAGAUUAUUCAUAAUAUUAGAAUGGUGUUUAAGUACAAAAUUUAAUAUGAAGAUAGUAUUAAAUUGGACAAAAACAGUUUGCACAAUUAUUUUGAAUAACAAUGUGAUUUUAUUAGAAAAUUUUCGGGAGCAUGGUAUUACAUUAUUGCUAAUCAAACUUAUAAAUCGCAUCUUGGAUUUUAAAAAAAUUACAAUGAAGCAUCAAAGAAUUUUAACAUUGGUUUUAAUUUCGAUUGAAAAACUGUUGAAAAAACAAACAUUCUAUCAAGAAAUGUAUGGAGAACAAAAUAUUGCAUUAACUAUGGAACUAUUUUUUCGGUGUUUGUAUCAUAAAGAUAAUGAACUUCAAAUAAAUCAAUGUCUUUUAUUAGCUAUAGGUUCAUACGUUUGGGAAUGUAUAGUACAGUGUCCUAAGAACCUAAAAAAAUUUGUUAAAUAUGGUGCAGUAUAUAUAAUCCUUGAUAUACUUGAUAUUGCUCCAUAUCCUUCACAAUGCGUGUUUCUGGGUAUUUUGACUGACAUGUGUGAUAAUUAUUUUUGUGGGCCCUAUUUAUGUACAUGGAGAGGAAUUGAUAAGAGAACUGGAUUGAUGUCUUUAGCAGCAAAGAUAUGGAGAGAAGAAGAAAUACGAGUUAAAGUUAAAAGACAUGCAGAUGGUUCUGUUUUAGAUGUCGAGUUACCUCAAAUGGGCAAUAAGCAAUGGUCAGAAACUUACUGCACCAAACUAAUGCAAAAUGUUAGCCCAGCAAUAGUUGAUAUGAUUGGCUCGGUUAGAUCAAAGAUAUACAGUAUUCGAAGAAUAAUUGAAAGAGAUCGAGAAAGAUAUCAAUUUGCAAAAGAGCGUUAUAACGUGUUCUGCGUUGAUCUUUCAAUGGAAGAUCGAAUUACAAUAUUUUCCAUAGAUUUGUAUUUUAAAAUAAAAGUAGGUCAAAUAUGGGUAGAAAUUUCUAAGUAUUUUGAACAGGUUGGUAUUACCCCACUUGGUAUGGAUGGACAGGCACUUUUCUUGAUGACCCAGCGAUAUUACUCGUGGGGUAAAUUGAUCAAAGAUAGAGAACAAACUAUAAUAAAAUCUAUAAAAACUAAAGAAGACAUAGAAGAAAAAGAUGAAUAUACAAGAAUUCGUGAAUCUAAACUUAUUCUAGCAUUAGAUGCAUUUGAUGAAUUAGAUUACAUAUACAGAACAACAAACAGAUUAUAUUUGUUAGAGAAAAAAGACAAACAAAUUCAACAAGUUAAUGCAGCUUUAAAUUUCCCACUUGACUCAGACGAUGCACAUUGUCAUAGAACAUUUUCUGAUAAGCCAACAGUUACGGCUAUAUUUAAUCAACAUCCAGUGAUAAAGAGUAGUUUGAUGCCAGAUUCAAAUUUUAAUCAAGUGAAAUUGCUUCCCGUUUCUUCAUGUCAUUCGUUUAUUUCUGACAAUGCGUAUUCUUCCGAAAUUUCUUUACCUAUUGCAUCAAGCACUUGCGUUCUAAAACCAAAAGAAUUUGUUACAGACAUGUAGCUACUGCGCGUAUAUCAUACACGAAAUAUUUUGAUAAGUCUUUAACUAAUAUUUCCUAGCAAAAAUCUUUUAUUAUCGAUAUUUUGUUUUAAACAAUGAAGGUUUAAACAAUUUGAAACAAAAAAUAUGUUUAAUUUCAAAUACAUGCUAUCGAAGCGCAAUACUAGUUUUGUAAUUUAUUAUUAUUAUAAACGAAGAGUUAUUUCAUAAAUUGUUAGUAAAAAGAUCGAAAGUUUUUCUGAAUUUCAUUUUCGUUUGAAGCGUAUAAAUAAAAGCGUUCAUGGAUUAACCACGGCUUGAUUGGUUCCGCCAUUAUCUUAACUCUUUAGCUUCUUUA